AUGAUUAGCACAAGUUCAAGAGAAAAAGAUCUCCAAGCAAAGCAUGAAGGAGACACCAGUGGCAGCAAAUUCUCGAAGGGGCCAUCUAGUUCAAGACAGUGGGUAGGGUUUAGAAACCCAAGGAUCGUGCGUGUUUCGCGCUCCUUUGGGGGAAAAGACCGGCACAGCAAGGUGUGCACCAUAAGGGGAUUACGAGACAGGCGAAUUAGGCUAUCAGUACCCACUGCAAUCCAGUUAUACAAUCUCCAAGACAAGCUUGGCCUUACUCAACCUAGCAAGGUAAUCGAUUGGUUGCUCGAUAUGACCAAGCAUGAUAUCGAUAAGCUCCCCCCGCUCCAAAUGCCACAAGGAAGCUUUGGUCAAUUUCACCAACCGAUGUUAGUCAAUCAUGACCUAAAUAUACCCCAAUCUUCUUUCGAUAGCUUGUUCGAUGCAAACAUGAACUUCAUCAGGGAUGGAAAGAACAAUUUCUCACCAUCUACCAAGGAGGAUGAAAUGACAAAUUUAUAUAUAUCAAGAUAUUGGGGUAGUACUCCAAAUGUUGUUGUGGGAACGAAAGGUAAAGAAGUAGUUCAAAGUGAAUUGGGCGUUGAGAAAACAAAGUGGGUCAAACAAAGUGAACAAAACCCUUUUCCAAUGGCCAAUCCUCAAGCUCCAUUUUCAAGUUUCGCAAACAAUGGCAUGCCAUAUGCUCCCUACUACCACUGUGAGCCUUCAAAAUUGUGUUUAUCCCAAUUGGGAUACUUUGGUUUUCCAUCCCAAGCUGAAGAUCCACAUAGCAAUAAUAUUUCUCCAUUGCUGCACAAGUCUCAGGUAUUUUUCUACCCACCACCUACAACAACAUCAAUACCUUUCCCCUCAUACCCCAUUACCAGUAAUACUAGCACUUCUUCUUCUUUAGAGGGUGACCCAAUUAGACAAGUUAACCAUUUUCAACUAUUGAGCGCCGGUUCGCAGAACACGCCACUGAAUGGUUUUGUGCCGUCGCUUCAUUCAGCUAGUUCAGCUCUAAAGUCCUUCCCAUUGAAUGUAAAUUUCAAGCUUCUUCAAUCUCAAAACAAUGAUGAAAAUAAGGGUAACACUGAUCCUUGA